AUGAAUUGUAAACAGAAUCAUAAAUCAAAGGAGAAAGAGGAAGCAUCAACAUUCACUUGUGAAAUAUGUACAGAGGUUAUGUUGCCAACAUCAACUAAGAAGUUCAAAAACAAUAACAGAUGUGUUCACUCAAUCUGCAACUCAAUCUGCACGGAUUGCAUAGCCGAGUAUAUCAUAGUAGGCAUUGAAGAAAACAAUCCCAAUUUCGGAUACCCUUCACUCUUCUGUCGUCAGAUGUUGGAUCCUCUCUCGUGCAGGCACGUCAUCCCGGCACAAUUGUUCAACCAGUGGUGCGACAUGCUCUGUGACUCGGCUCUCCUAAGGUUGGAUGCAUGUUAUUGUCCCUACCAGGAUUGCUCGGCUUUGAUUCUGAACGAGUGUGGAGGGGAUGUGAGGAGAUCGGAAUGUCCCAAUUGUGAUGGGCUAUUUUGCUUCCGGUGCAAGCAACCAUGGCAUGCAGGCUAUGAAUGCGAAGAUCAUCAUCAGAGUGGUAGCAGUGGUGAUGUCGAGUUUAGGGUUCUCGAAGAGAGUAACGAGUGGAUGAGAUGUCCCUUGUGCAAACAUUGCGUUGAACUUGUUGAAGAUGUGGAAUCUGUUUCUGCUACAAAUGUGGAAGAGAGGCGUAUCAUCUACGACAUCUGUGCAAAGGCAACUUAA